GAAUAUUAGCUGAAUGAAAGUAAAACGAUCAUUAUACCUUUUCGUUGCAGACUCGCCUGAAGUCUGUGGAAGAAGUGAAGAAUUCUCUUAGUUAGGAUUUCCAAAAUGGGACAUAAAUUAUUCAUCUUAUUCUUCACCUUAAGUUGUACAUCAGGUCUUUAUGCAGUGUCCCUGUUUCCAUCACAAAACCCUGUGGCUGUCGGGAGCAAUGUCACUAUAAGUGUGAAUGACACCGAAACCCUUACAAUUGGGACCUGGUUGUUUGGACCUAGUAUAUUGUUCUUGUGGUACCCAGGGAAUGUCUUAACAGGAAGUGGCCACCAAAAUGGAACAGAAUUUAACAGUUCUACAUAUCAGCUCACCUUAACAUCGGUAACUCUGAAGAAUUCUGGCCUGUAUGUAUUAGAUGCAUUGCAACCAAAGGUCCUGGCACAGAUUACAUUAGAAGUUCAGGAACCUGUCAGUAAUUUAACUGCAUUUGUAAACGCAACAAACCUGGUGGAGUUUAACGACACCGUGACGUUCACAUGCUCCGCAAACGGAAGCCCACUGUGGUUUUCAUGGACGAACGGAAGCUCCACGGUCACAGCGGGAGAAAGAGUUGUGCUCGGGAACGGUGGACGAGAUUUUAUCAUCAGUGGUGUGACGCGGUAUGACGAAGGGCCGUUCAAGUGUCUUGUGGUAAACAAUAUCAGCAACGCAGAGAGUCAACAAAUGAAUCUCAGUAUAAGCUAUGGGCCCAGUAACCUAAGAGUGACGGCAUCGCCGGAGAAAUCGGAAUACAUUUCUGGUUCGGAUAUUACACUAUCAUGCUCUGCUGACUCCAAACCGACAGCUUCUUUCUACUGGAUGUACAACGGCAAUCCUCUGAAUGUCUAUGGUCCGACUUAUGAUCUUACUCACGCAACUCAGAACAGAACGGGAGAAUACACCUGUGUUGCCCAAAAUGCAGUCACACUCAGAAAUGUCUCAGAGACUAAAAAGAUUAAUAUAGUUGAUCCAAUUUCAGCAGUGGCAAUUUCAGCAGCGAAUCAAUCAAGCUCUCCAGUAGAAGGCAUGGCUUUCGAUCUAAACUGUACUGUUGUGGGGCCAGUGAAAUCCAUUCAUUGGAUGAAGAAUGGCACAUACCUGGACGCCAACAAUAUGAUCACUUUCUCCAAUGACAACUCAACCUUGAGAUUUAACCAACUCACUCUUGGUGAUGACGGACUGUACCAGUGUGCCGCUAGUAAUGCUGUCAGCAACAUGACUAGCCUGCCCUACAGUCUUCUGGUUAACUAUGGCCCAAACAACACAGCAGCCUCUGGUUCAAACAUAGCAGCAGUGGGAUCCAACGUGACCUUCAGCUGUUCCUCUGACUCUCGUCCCCAAAGUCAAUACAGCUGGUAUUUCAAUGGCUUAAAUGUGAACAAUGGUUCAGUGUAUGUGACUACACCUCUCUCAAAAAACGAUAGCGGACAGUACACCUGCAUGACCUUCAACAGCAUUACAGGCAGAAGCGGCGUUGCCUCAGUGACAUUAACUGUAUAUGCUCCUGUCAGCGAUGUUAUGGUGAAUAUGGACAAUCAGCAACCAAUCUUCAGUAAGCCAUUCACACUGACCUGUACUGCCAGUGGAGAUGUUGAACACAUUCAGUGGAUGAAGAAUGGCAUGGUCCUUCAUCCUCAAAAUGGAAUCACGUUCUCCAAUGAUAACUCAACCUUGAGCUUCCAAAAUUUAAGUCUCAGUGAUGAUGGGUCUUAUCAGUGUGAAGCAAGUAAUGUUGUCAGCAACAUGACUAGCCCAAGCUAUGACCUAAUGGUCAACUAUGGUCCAUGGAACACAACCAUCUCUGGUCCAACUGUAGGAGCUAUCGGACAUAAUGUGACCUUCAGCUGCUCUGCUAACUCUCACCCAACAAGUCAAUACAGCUGGUUUUUAAACAGCUCAAAGGUGGGAGAGGGUCCAGUGUUAACUAUGACUCUCUCACCAAAUAGUGGCGGACAUUACACCUGCAUGGCCUCCAAUAACAUUACAGGCAGCAGCAGCAAUGCAUCACUGGAGUUAACUUUAAUAUAUCUAAUCAGCCAUGUGGUUGUAAGUGCUGGCGAUCAGCAACCAAUCUUCAGUCAGCCAUUCACACUAACCUGCAUUGCUAAUGGAGAUGUUGAACACAUUCAGUGGAUGAAGAAUGGCAUGAUCCUUCAUCCUCAAAAUGGAAUCACGUUCUCCAAUGACAACUCAACCUUGAGCUUCCAAAAUAUAAGUCUCAGUGAUGAUGGAUCUUAUCAGUGUGAAGCAAGUAAUAUUUUCAGCAACGUGACUAGCCUGGACUAUGACCUAAUGGUCAACUAUGGUCCAUGGAACACAACCAUCUCUGGUCCAACUGUAGGAGCUAUCGGACAUAAUGUGACCUUCAGCUGCUCUGCUAACUCUCACCCAACAAGUCAAUACAGCUGGUUUUUAAACAGCUCAAAGGUGGGAGAGGGUCCAGUGUUAACUAUGACUCUCUCACCAAAUAGUGGCGGACAUUACACCUGCAUGGCCUCCAAUAACAUUACAGGCAGCAGCAGCAAUGCAUCACUGGAGUUAACUUUAAUAUAUCUAAUCAGCCAUGUGGUUGUAAGUGCUGGCGAUCAGCAACCAAUCUUCAGUCAGCCAUUCACACUAACCUGCAUUGCUAAUGGAGAUGUUGAACACAUUCAGUGGAUGAAGAAUGGCAUGAUCCUUCAUCCUCAAAAUGGAAUCACGUUCUCCAAUGACAACUCAACCUUGAGCUUCCAAAAUAUAAGUCUCAGUGAUGAUGGAUCUUAUCAGUGUGAAGCAAGUAAUAUUUUCAGCAACAUGACUAGCCCAAGCUAUGACCUAAUGGUCAACUAUGGUCCAUGGAACACAAUAAUUGAAGGACCAACCAUGGCAGAGGAGGGGUCAAAUGUGACUUUCAACUGUACUGCCAUCUCUCAUCCUCAUAGUCGAUAUAGCUGGUUCCACAACACUUCAAAAGUGGGAGAUGGUCCAGUGCUUGUGAAAACAGCUCUUUCACUAAACAGUAGUGGACUCUACACCUGCAUGGCUAUCAAUGACAUCACAGGCAGAAGCAGCAACGCAUCACUGGAGUUGACUGUUAUUGAAACCAUUACGGCAGUGGACGUGAUCCCCGAUCGCACUAUUCCUCUGGCUUCCCAACGCUUUAAGCUCACCUGUGAUGUGAAGGGACGCUACAACACACUCCACUGGCUUCAAAACAACCAGAAUUUCCAGCCAUCAGACAGAGUUAUAUUUGCAGAAAAUAACACCUCUGUGACCUUUAACACCUUGCAGACCGCUGACGAUGGGAGAUACCAGUGCGUCGCUUCAAAUGAAUUGAGACCGUAUGUCAGUCGCCCAUAUGAUCUGGCAGUCAUCUUUGGACCACAGAGUGUGCAGAUCAUUGUACGCCCUGGGAUUCCCCCCGUCCUGACAUGUCAAGCAGUGUCUCAGCCACCAGCUGUGUAUCACUGGAUCUUUGAAAACAACACCGUAGUGGGAAAUCAAUCCUCCAUAGAACUUCCCAUUAAGUAUAUCUUGGGCAGCAAUUACACCUGUGUAGCUAAAAACCCUUUGACCAAUGUGACAGUCUACACCAGCCAAGUCGUCAACUCCUCAAAUGCUGUUGUCGGUGUCCAGGCGAGUGUGAUGUUGAUGGCUCUCUUCGCUCUGCUUCUCCCUGUGCUGGAAGAAUGCCUCUAAUACUUAUAUUGCUGUGAACAUGGCAUAUGUCUUUGAGGCCUUUAUGUAGACUGAAUGAGGCUUGUGGGCAAAUUUAACACUUUAAAUCAGCAAGAAAAAAUUUAAACAGACAA